GUCCCAGACUACCCACCGCACCUCACAAGCACCCCGCCUCAACACACCCCUCACAAUGUUCACCGUAAGCAAACGGUACCUCUCCAUCGAGAGAUGUGCUCACCAGGGUCCGCAGAACGUCGCCGUCCCCGUCAACAACGCCAACUGCGGCGUGAGCAGCUGCAGCUGCGGCGAGGCCUGCCAGUGCAAGCCCACCGAGUGCAAGUGCUGAACGCCGUCGGUCCUGUUGCGCCAGCCAGCCUUGCACGGGCCGCUUCCCUUCUGCGGCGAGGAGAGGGACGGGAGUCCGGCUGUCUAGUAGCAGCGUGUAACGGUUUGGCCGCGAUGGGCGCGACGCCGCGCAGGGGAAUCCGCAUUUGUUGUAAAAUCGAUCGUGUUCGAAUGGGAAGAUGUAGCGUUCCUUGAGC